AUGCUCGAGCUUCUUGGAACUUACAGGAAUCUCACACUUCAAACCCUAUUAUCUCUCUCCCUAACCCUAAUCCUCACGUUUCUCAGAAUCCCGAUCAUCUUCCUCCACGGCAUCUGCACUUACAUCCAGCCGGAGAAUCUCGGCCAGAACAACGCCGGGAGUGGAGGAGGAGUCAGAGCCGCGAUCCGACGCCCGUCUAGCGUCGACGAUCCGAAGCCCAAUGUCGAAGUCAGGAGAAGGAAUCGAUCCAAGGACAAAUCCGAAUUCGACGAGAGCAAUGCUCAGAUCUUCAGGAUUAAGCUCGACGAGGAUCACCUCAGAUCUCGGAUGUAUUUCGCCGAGUACAACACGCUUUUCGUCGUAACCUUCUUAGCUUCUUCGUGCUUUCUUCUCCACAGUUACUUCGGCGGUGUUGAGGAUGAUAACAACCACGGCGUUCUGGGAAACGGAUUGGUGUUCCCGAUUGUUCUCGGAUUCGUCGCGCUCUGCAAAGUGUUCGUCGCUCUGGGGAAAAUCUCGAUCGAGAGAUCCGCGUCGAAGAAAUCGGAGAAGAGACUGAGCUUGAUUUUUGGGGGUUUAGGGUUUGUUUUCGGGAUUAUAAUCGCUGCUGGGGUUUUCCCUAAAGGAUUCGAUUUCCAAUUGGGUAAUGUCGAUGCGUUUUGCUGCGUGCUCAUAUCUUCCUCCAUGGCUUGCAUCGCUGGGUUCCUCUACAUGCCUGCAGGGAGAAGCGCGAGGUCGUUUUGGGUUGGGACUGAUCAGAUUAGGAGUAAUUUGUCCAUCAUUUCUUGCGGAUGGUUUGGUAGAAUGAUUCUUUAUGCUAAUUACAUUGUCUCCGUCUUCACUUCUUUGCUUUGGAUCCAUCCAUUGGCAGAGAUUCUUGUCAAAGGAAGCCACAGUGCUGGGUUGGUUGGUAAUGUAGGCUUGUCGAGUGGUGAUUUUGGAAAGUUUAGGGUUUUGUGUUUGUUAGCGUCCGGUUUGCUGCAAGCUAUGGCGGUUCGUCCUAAUCUGCAGAUGUUCUUGAACGAAGCGGUGCUCUCGUGGUACCAGAGAUUGCACGGGAGCAAGACUCCUGAUUUGGAGUUUAGCAGAGCGAAGAUGUUCCUUCAUAACCACUACUUGUGCCUCGUUGCUUUGCAGUUCUUGGCUCCGUCGGUGCUUGUGAUCGUCUUCCUCGGCUUGUCUCAGAUUGACCUGAGCUCGACUCAGCUGGUAUGUGGCUCUCUGCCUUGCGGUGAUUUCGUUAGAGAAGUUGGUUUGUUGAUGGCUUGGUGGGUGAUCUUUGUUUGGUCUGGUUUUGCUUCUGCGAGUCUUGUCUUCUAUCGUCGUGGUGUCUUGUAUGUUUCUUGA